AUGGAGUCCACGGAAGAACAAUCAGGAAUGCUGCACCAGAUUCUACCCCCGCGUCUGGAAGAUGCGGGCCUCGAAGAUCCCGCCCUCCCACCCGAAUCCAUCCACCAAGCUUUUGUCCAAGCCGCCACCGCCGUCAAAGCACGCGCCGCCUCCAUUUUCUCCUCCACCGCCGACACGGAUGACGACGAUGACGGUUGUGUCUACGACCCCUUGCCCACCUCCAAGGAUGCCUAUGAUGCACUCGUCGGAAUCGAGUCGGAAAAUGAACCACCGGGAUCCUGCACCGUGGAGAGGAAAUUCGAGGAUGGCGCCGACGAAGUCAAGGUUGUCGGCGGAGGUUGCGGCAGCACGGACGACGUUGUGGUUGAGGGCGAAGUGAAAUUGGGAGAGGAUGUGGAACCGUGCGUGGAUGAGUUACAAGGGUUGAUUAUCAAAGAUGGGGAGAAAGGUGGUAACGUUGGGGAAGAAAAUGAAGAAAACAAGAAACCUACCUUGGUUGAAGGCUAUGCGUGA